CGGUGCGCCAUCUCGGCACAUCCGGGUUCCGGCCGUCAGAGCGGUGCAAGUCCAGCGCGGGCCGCGGGGCUGUGUUAGGUGCGCGGGAGUCGCCGGAGAGUGACUGACCAUGUCGCUGUCCCACUUGUACCGGGACGGGGAAGGCCGCAUGGAUGACGACGAUGACGAGCGGGAGAACUUUGAGAUCACUGACUGGGAUCUCCAGAAUGAAUUCAACCCCAACCGGCAGCGCCAUUGGCAGACCAAGGAAGAGGCCACCUAUGGGGUGUGGGCAGAGCGCGACUCUGAUGACGAGAGGCCCAGCUUCGGAGGCAAACGGGCCCGCGACUAUUCAGCACCUGUCAACUUCAUCAGCGCGGGGCUCAAGAAAGGGGCGGCAGAGGAGGCGGAAUUGGAAGAUUCUGAUGAAGAAGAAAAACCCAUUAAGCAGGAUGACUUUCCUAAGGAUUUCGGACCAAAGAAAUUAAAAACGGGUGGCAAUUUUAAGCCCAGCCAGAAGGGUUUUGCUGGAGGAACCAAGUCUUUCAUGGACUUCGGCAGCUGGGAAAGACACACAAAAGGGAUUGGGCAGAAGCUUCUUCAGAAGAUGGGCUACGUUCCCGGAAGGGGUCUCGGGAAGAACGCGCAAGGUAUCAUUAACCCAAUUGAAGCCAAACAGAGAAAAGGAAAAGGAGCUGUGGGCGCGUAUGGUUCGGAGCGGACCACUCAGUCCCUGCAAGACUUCCCUGUGGUUGAUUCAGAAGAAGAAGCCGAAGAGGAGUUUCAGAAGGAGCUGAGCCAAUGGAGGAAAGACCCCAGUGGAAGCAAGAAGAAGCCCAAAUACUCGUACAAGACAGUGGAAGAGUUGAAGGCCAAGGGCAGGAUUAGCAAGAAGCUCAGUGCUCCACAGAAGGAGCUUUCUCAGGUCAAGGUCAUCGACAUGACAGGCCGGGAGCAGAAGGUCUAUUACAGCUACAGCCAGAUCAGCCACAAGCACAACGUCCCUGACGAUGGGCUGCCGCUGCAGGCCCAGCAGCUGCCGCAGCCUGGUAAAGACAUCAAGGCCCCGGGCUUCGCGCUGCCUGAGCUGGAACACAACCUGCAGCUGCUCAUUGACCUCACGGAGCAAGAGAUCAUCCAGAACGACCGGCAGCUGCAGUACGAGCGGGACAUGGUGGUCAACCUGUCCCACGAGCUGGAGAAGAUGUCCGAGGUCCUGGAACACGAGGAGCGGGUCAUCUCGAACCUGAGCAAAGUCCUGGAGAUGGUGGAGGAGUGCGAGCGGCGGAUGCAGCCCAACUGCAGCAACCCCCUCACCCUGGACGAGUGUGCCCGCGUCUUUGAAACCCUCCAGGACAAGUACUACGAGGAAUACAGGAUGUCUGACCGCGUGGACCUGGCUGUGGCCAUCGUCCACCCGCUCAUGAAGGAGUACUUCAAAGAGUGGGACCCCCUCAAGGACUGCUCUUAUGGCACCGAGAUCAUCUCCAAGUGGAAAACGCUCCUGGAGAAUGACCAGCUCCUAUCCCAUGGCGGGCAGGACCUCUCGGCAGACGCCUUUCACAGGCUGAUAUGGGAGGUCUGGAUGCCUUUUGUUCGCAACAUCGUCAACCAGUGGCAGCCAAGAAACUGUGAGGCGAUGGUGGACUUCCUGGACAGCUGGGCACACAUCAUUCCCGUGUGGAUCUUGGAUAACAUACUGGACCAGCUCAUCUUCCCCAAGUUGCAGAAGGAGGUAGAAAACUGGAACCCACUGACAGACACGGUCCCCAUCCACUCCUGGAUCCACCCGUGGCUGCCCCCGAUGCAGGCGCGGCCUGCCCCCUGAGGAGGGCGCGGGGAGCCGCUGUACUCUCCCAUCCGCAGCAAGCUGUCCAGUGCCCUGCAGAAGUGGCACCCUAGCGACUCCUCUGCCAAGCUCAUCCUCCAGCCCUGGAAAGACGUCUUCACCCCUGGCUCCUGGGAAGCAUUCAUGGUCAAGAACAUAGUGCCCAAGCUGGGGAUGUGUCUCGGUGAGCUGGUCAUCAACCCCCACCAGCAGCACAUGGACGCCUUCUACUGGGUGAUGGACUGGGAAGGGAUGAUCUCUGUCUCCAGCCUCGUGGGCCUUCUGGAAAAGCACUUCUUUUCCAAGUGGCUUCAGGUGCUGUGCUCCUGGCUCAGUAACAGCCCCAAUUAUGAGGAGAUCACCAAGUGGUACCUGGGUUGGAAAUCCAUGUUCUCAGACCAGGUGCUGGCACACCCGUCCAUCAAGGACAAGUUCAACGAGGCACUCGACAUCAUGAACAGGGCGGUGUCCUCCAACGUGGGUGCCUACAUGCAGCCGGGUGCACGGGAGAACAUCGCCUACCUCACCCACACGGAGCGCAGGAAGGACUUCCAGUACGAGGCCAUGCAGGAGCGGCGGGAAGCUGAGAACAUGGCCCAGAGGGGCAUCGGCGUGGCUGCCAGCUCUGUGCCCAUGAACUUCAAGGACCUCAUCGAGACCAAGGCUGAGGAGCACAACAUCGUCUUCAUGCCUGUCAUCGGGAAGCGACAUGAGGGGAAGCAGCUCUACACCUUUGGCCGCAUUGUGAUCUACAUUGACCGGGGAGUGGUAUUCGUCCAGGGCGAGAAGACCUGGGUGCCCACCUCCCUGCAGAGCCUCAUCGACAUGGCCAAAUAGAUUGUCACAGGUCCAGAGCAGGCCAGAGACCUGGGCUGCAAGGGACGCCUAUGAAUAAAGACUGUUCAAGUCACCUUUAAUUAAAAGAGUAACUAUUCGGGGGGGAACCCACGUCAGGCCAGGCCACCAGAGCAGAUGGCAGACACGCGGAUGCUGCAUUAGACGCGUGUAAACCUUUACACCAUGUCCUUACACAGCACGUCGUUCUCAAGACAGGCUGGCCAGGCAGUCGUCCUUCCCUUCACCUGCCCUGAAAUGUGUCCUGCCGCAAAGAAAGGUGCUCGCUGCAGCCCCCCGCACAGCCUUCCUGUUAGUCUGUAGACAUCACCGCAAGUCCGGGCCAGCAGCUGAAGGGUCUCCUCUCUUGUUCCUGAUGAUUUCAAGGUCCUGACAGUCCUCAUAAUCUGGCUCUUCCCGAAACACCCAAAUAUCCCUGGAGAGUUGUUCUAGCUUCUGUGUGGGGAACCAGUGGACGGAGGUGUCAUUGAAUAUGUCCAUGUACUGCGAAGUCUGAGGAAGCUGCAGCUCCUCCAGGCCUCUUAGAAUCUGGGCAGAAAAAUGCACGUGAAAACUUGAUAGUCACAGGAACCCCACUCUUGUGGGUUAAAUUCCCAUUUCACUUGUCACCUGUAACCCUUUUUAAAAAAAGACAGAAUAGAAUAUUUUUAUUUAAA